AGAAGGAUUAUUAUAAACGUAAGCCCUAGCCAAGUUCAUCCCUCCCCCGCUGCCGCUCAAUCUUUUUCGUCGAUCUUCUUCCUUCUCUUGCUCUCAGGAAUGGAAUCACAGAUCAAACAUGCUCUGGUGGUGAAAGUAAUGGGUAGAACUGGAUCAAGAGGGCAGGUGACUCAAGUAAGAGUCAAGUUUCUUGAUGAUCAGAAUCGUUACAUUAUGAGGAACGUCAAGGGACCAGUCAGGGAAGGCGAUAUUCUUACCCUACUCGAGUCCGAGAGGGAAGCUAGGAGGUUGCGUUGAUGGAGAACGAUUUCUGUUGCUGUCAUCAUAUUGUUACCUCUGUUUUAAGUGUGGAUUUCAGUGACUAGUUUGUUUCAAGACCCUUUGAUGAGGUAAUUUAAUUGAGUUUUGAUGCUACCAAGUUUUUCUCAUGCAAAAUUGUGGAUUUUUGCUCAUUGCUUAAUGGAAGGGGAUGCUUGUUUUUUGCGUUA